AUGCGCUGGGUCGGUCUUCGCCAACUUUCUUCUCUCUCGAAACCGCUGCGACGAAUUGAGUCUGCAAAACAGUUAGCUCGGAGAAUGGCUUCUCUUCCUGACACCUAUGACGGCCCCGUCCGCAUCGCUGUCAUCGGUGGCACUGGCCUGCGUGAGCUCCCUGGCUUUACACAAGUUGCCUCGCUGUCUCCCUCAACCCCGUGGGGCACGCCCUCUUCGCCGAUCACCAUUUUGCACCACCAGUGUAAGCACAAUGACAAGGUUGUUGCCGUCGCCUUCCUGAGCCGACACGGCCUCCACCACCAGCUGGCACCCCACGAGGUCCCUGCCCGCGCCAAUAUCGCGGCGCUCCGCUCCAUCGGUGUCCGCAGCAUCAUCGCGUUCUCCGCCGUCGGCAGUCUUCAAGAGGCGAUCAAGCCGCGGGACUUUGUCAUCCCUGACCAGAUCAUUGACCGUACGAAGGGGGUGCGGCCUUGGACCUUUUUCGAGGGCGGCGUCGUUGCUCACGUUCCCUUCGGAGACCCCUUCGAUGAGGGCAUUGCCAACGUGGUGCGGGCAUGUGGACACAGCUUGGAGGGAGACGGUGUGGUGUUGCAUGACCAAGGCACUCUUGUCUGCAUAGAGGGUCCCCAAUUCUCCACCCGUGCGGAGAGCAAGGUGUACCGCUCCUGGGGUGGCAGCGUGAUCAACAUGUCUGCCCUCCCCGAGGCCAAGUUGGCCCGCGAGGCUGAGAUAGCCUACCAGAUGAUCUGCAUGUCCACGGACUAUGACUGCUGGCACGAGUCCACAGCGGGCGUCACCGUCGAGAUGGUCAUGGGCCACAUGAAAGCCAAUGCCGAGAAUGCCCGCCGCUUUGUGACCACUGUUCUCGACGCAUUGGCUGGCGAUGAGCACUCCGAGCUUGUCCAGGCCAAGCACCUGGCAGGCUCGAUCAAGUUCGGUGUCAGCACCCCUCAGCCCCAUUGGAACCCCGAGGCCCGAAAGAAGCUGAGCUGGCUGUUCCCGAGCUACUUUUAA